AUGGGUCAUCAAUGGCUGCACACCCACUUGUGCUUUUCUCUCCUCAACCAUGAUCUGCUGGCCCUGCUUAGCCUCUGCAACCCUCCCUAUCUGCCAUCCACUCCCAAAUACAUGUUUGAAGUCAUGCCCGCGCUGGAUUUUCCUAAGCUACCUGAUGGGUUUCCUGGACAAUUGGAGUACAAGGAGGACAAAUGGGUGUACUUCUCUUUGGCAUAUCCAUAUGGGAUCACUGCCUGGGUCAUCACUGAGCUGCCAGGCAAGUGGGUGCACAUCCCUACACCACCGGAGGACGCUAAAGGUCUGUGA